AUGUCAUUUCAAAAUUUUGAUCAAAUCAUUAAUUUAAAAGUUAAAAUCAUAACAUUAUUAGAUCAAAUAAUAAUUGGUCAAAUUUAUACUUAUUCAUCAUCUAAUGAAAUUAUAAUUAUUAAAACUAAUAAUAAUAAUAAUAAUAAUAAUAAUAGUAAUAAUAAUAGUAAUGAUAAUAACAAACAGAAUGCAAAUUCAACUUCAACUUAUAGAAUUAUAAAUACAGCAUUUAUUAAAAGUAUUCAAGUAUUACCACCGUUUUCAAAAAGAAAUGGUAAUAAGAAUGAGUCUACUUCUAUUACUACUGCAUUGGAAUUUAUAAAUAUUGAUGAUUUAGAUAAAAGAUUAACUUAUGAAAUUAAUAAUUAUAAACCACAACCACAACCACAACCACAACCACAACCACAACCACAACAACCACGACAACAAACAUCAAAUAUUUCAAUUCGUUUAUUUAAUAGACUUGGGAAAUUAUAUGGAGAUAAAAAUGUUAAAUUUGGUAAUUCAACAAAUUCAACUUCUAAACCAUCAGAAAUUAUUAUAUAUAAUGAAAUUAAAAUUAUUAAACCAUUCACUAAUACUAAAUCAAAUAUACAAAUUUUAAAAGAUAAUGGGAAAAUUCAUUUAGAUUCAAUACAAAGAGCAUUAAAUCAAUUUUGGUUAGAAAUUGAUAAUGAAAAACGGGGAGGUUAA